ACAUAAUAUAUUAUAUAAUCAUUAAAUUUAGUUUGUCAAUUUCAUAAAUGGUUAAUAUGGAUCGAUAUAAGAUCAGAGGUAGUUUACUAUUAGAGGAUACCAUUUAAACAGAACAUAUUGAAUAAUAUAUAUCAUGAGUAAUCAAGUGGGUGCUACACUGGGAUUCUUUUCCAAGUUUAAACUGAAUGCUUCUAAAUUCACUCAAUCAUUUAACUAUGUUGAUAAAGAUGGAGAUACUGAAGAUGAUACUUUGAUUCAUAAUGCAUUUGUUAAAUACUUUGAUUCAGAACAUAAACCAUAUCCUGAAUGGCUAGGAGUCAAAGAAACAGCUAAACCAACCAGUAACUAUUAUUCCAAUUUACCCUUUCAACAACAACAACAAUUUCAAAGUACGAUCGCUAAACAAUCACAACCCCAAUACCAAUCUCAGCAGCAAUAUCAACCCCAACAGUACCAACCCCAGCCCCAACAGCAACAACAACAACAAUAUUCACAACAACAAGAUCAAAACCAAACACCAACUUAUCAACGUAGAGGUUCCAGUAAGUUACAAUCCAUGCAUAAUGCUUCAAGACAACAAGUGGCGGUUGGUGCCGGCUAUAAUUCAUCUAGUUCGGCUAAUUCAUAUAAUUCUCAAAGUCAAAUUCCAGAAACUAGAAGAUCAAAUAGUUCUUCUUCAGGUUCAAGAUUACGGGAUAGAAUAACGAAUUCAUCCGUAAGUAUGUCUAAUAAUGGUUCAACAGGUACGAACAAUAGUAGGUAUUCAGGUGGUAGAACUUGAUUAAAAAUUGUCAUAAUCUA